AUGUCAAAAGCUGUUGGUAUUGACCUGGGAACAACUUACUCGUGUGUCGCUCAUUUUUCCAAUGAUAGGGUGGAAAUAAUUGCGAAUGAUCAAGGUAACAGGACCACCCCAUCUUAUGUGGCCUUCACUGAUACCGAGAGAUUAAUUGGUGACGCCGCUAAAAACCAGGCCGCUAUAAAUCCUCAUAAUACAGUCUUUGACGCAAAGCGGUUGAUCGGCCGUAAGUUUAAUGAUCCUGAAGUAACGACAGAUGCCAAACACUUCCCCUUUAAAAUUAUAUCCAGAGAAGGUAAACCAGUAGUGCAAGUAGAGUAUAAGGGUGAAACAAAGACAUUCACGCCUGAAGAGAUUUCUUCUAUGGUGUUGACCAAGAUGAAGGAGACUGCCGAGAACUAUCUGGGAACCACAGUAAAUGAUGCUGUUGUAACUGUCCCCGCAUACUUCAAUGAUUCUCAAAGACAAGCAACUAAAGACGCUGGAACUAUUGCAGGGAUGAACGUUUUACGUAUCAUUAACGAACCCACUGCAGCAGCGAUUGCUUACGGACUUGAUAAGAAAGGUAGGGCUGAGCACAAUGUUCUGAUUUUUGAUUUGGGUGGUGGUACCUUUGAUGUCUCUUUACUGUCGAUCGAUGAAGGUGUCUUUGAGGUCAAAGCUACCGCAGGUGAUACCCACUUGGGUGGUGAAGAUUUUGAUAAUAGAUUGGUGAACCAUUUGGCCACGGAAUUCAAAAGAAAAACUAAGAAAGACAUUUCCAACAAUCAAAGGUCAUUAAGAAGAUUGAGAACCGCAGCAGAAAGAGCGAAAAGAGCUCUUUCUUCCUCUUCUCAAACAUCUAUUGAAAUUGACUCGUUGUUUGAAGGUAUGGAUUUUUAUACUUCAUUAACAAGAGCAAGAUUUGAAGAACUGUGUGCGGAUUUGUUCAGAUCAACAUUGGAACCGGUGGAAAAGGUACUCAAAGAUUCUAGGCUGGACAAAUCUCAAAUCGAUGAGAUUGUUUUAGUGGGUGGGUCUACCAGAAUUCCGAAGAUUCAAAAAUUAGUUUCUGAUUUUUUCAACGGCAAAGAGCCCAACCGUUCUAUAAAUCCGGAUGAAGCAGUUGCAUACGGUGCAGCAGUUCAGGCAGCUAUUUUGACUGGUGAUCAAUCGACCAAGACACAGGAUUUGCUGUUGCUGGAUGUUGCGCCAUUGUCCCUAGGAAUUGAGACCGCGGGUGGUAUAAUGACCAAACUGAUUCCUAGAAAUUCAACCAUUCCAACAAAGAAAUCAGAAACUUUUUCUACUUAUGCAGAUAACCAACCAGGCGUUUUGAUUCAAGUCUUUGAAGGUGAAAGGACCAGAACAAAGGACAAUAAUUUGCUGGGAAAGUUUGAACUAAGCGGCAUUCCACCUGCCCCCAGAGGUGUACCACAGAUUGAUGUCACCUUCGAUAUCGAUGCUAACGGUAUUCUCAAUGUUUCUGCUUUGGAGAAGGGAACUGGAAAGACUAAUAAGAUCACCAUCACCAACGAUAAAGGUAGGUUAUCAAAGGACGAUAUCGAUAGGAUGGUUUCCGAAGCUGAAAAAUAUAAAGUGGAUGAUGAAAAGGAGGCAGAACGAGUUCAGGCUAAAAAUCAGCUUGAAUCUUACGCAUUUACUUUGAAAAACACCAUAAAUGAGCCAAACUUCAAGGAAAAGGUUGGCGAAAGUGAUGCAAAGAGGUUAGAAACAGCUUCUCAAGAAACUAUUAACUGGUUAGAUGCUUCGCAAGCAGCCUCGACGGAUGAAUAUAAGGACAGACAAAAGGAGUUGGAAGGCGUUGCUAACCCAAUAAUGACAAAGUUUUACGGUGCUAAUGCUGGCACCGGUGUAGGCGACUCUGGUGGUUUCCCUGGGUCCAUGCCAAAUCCAGGUGCUACGGGUGGUGGAGAAGAUUCUGGUCCAACGGUAGAAGAGGUUGAUUGA